CGGUUUUUAUUUUAUUUUCCCCGUUGAUCUUGUGCAGUUGUGCAUCGUUGCAUGUGCGACCGUUUGUGUGUGAUUUGCUCAACGACACUAUCUAAUCGAAGUUUGAAUUUCGAACCGCCCGCAAACGGCACUCCUGAAUACAAUUCAUAGAUCUCGGCGUCCGGCGGUCACUGGUCGUCGUCAGCGUUUAUUGCCGCACGCUACUGAACAGUGAACACAAAGAUGUGCACCCCGGGUGACAGGGACAGCGACAGCCCCAGUCCAAAUGCUCUCGGUGACUUGCGUUCGUUCAGGUUCUCCAAGAAGCCCAGUUUCAGUCAUGAAUCUGCCGCAUCUGGAUCAUCAUUGUGUGUUGACGAUGCCCCAGUAUUUGUUAGACAGAAAAAGUUGCAAACAAUUAUUUUGUCAUCUGAUGAAGAUGAUGAUAACACAGAACCUCUCUUGAAUGGAGAUGGCUCUCAUCUCAUUGAAGAAAUUGAAUUUGAAGACACAGCAGAAGAUCAUAAUGUAUCUAGUGAUGGCAGUAGUGAUCAUGCACUAAACAAUGUCAAUGGUUCGAUCAAGUCUUUUAACAAUAUAGAUCAAAGUACAAGUGAUAAAGAUUACAUGAAAAUUACAAAAGUUCGAUCUAUUAUUGAUAAACCAAAGGCAACUCCACCACCUGUUGCAAUGCCUUCUAGAAAACGUUUACAACCACAAACUAAAAAAAGGAAACGUAUAAAAACUUCUGAUGGUGAUGACAGUGAUUCUGAUGCUGAGGUUGAUGAUGAAUAUAAAGAUGAAAAGAAUUUUGUUAAAGACAGUUCCUCAGAAAUGAGGCAAAAAGCUUUGGCACUGUUAAACACAUCCAAUGAAGCAGAACUAAGAGUAGUGAAAGGAAUGACGACUAAAAAAUUUGAUGCUAUUGUUGCUCUUAGACCAUUUUCAACUUGGUAUGAUGCUACUUGCAAAGCCAAAAACUCGCGCAUUAUUGGUGAGCAGACUUUACAAAAUGUGAUGCACAUGGUCUCUUGCCAGGAAAUCGUCACACAGUUAAUGAAGAAAUGUGAAAUAUUAGCAUUGAAAAAUGGAAAUUCUAUUACUACCACUAACAUGCUUAUCAAAUCACAACCAGAGAGCUUAAAUAAAGAGUUACAGCUUGCAGGAUACCAGAUGAUAGGACUUAACUGGCUCAUGUUAAUGAAUACACAAAAGCUCAAUAUGAUGUUAGCUGAUGAAAUGGGCUUGGGUAAGACUGUGCAAGUAAUCGCAUUCCUAGCUCAUCUCAAGGAGACUGGUCGCACAAUUUCUGAUCUGCCCCAGUUGAUAGUUGUACCUGCUUCAACUUUAGACAACUGGUACCAAGAAUUUAAAAGGUGGUGUCCAACUAUGAUAGUUGAAAAAUAUCAUGGAUCAAUGGAUGAAAGAAGGUACAUGCGAACAAAAUGGAUAAGAAAUGGAUUUGGUGACAUUGAUGUGGUAUUGACUACUUAUAGUUGUGCAGCAAAUUCUCCAGAGGAAAAAAAGUUUUUUAAAACUAAAGAAUUCCAUUAUGUUGUAUACGAUGAAGCACAUAAGUUAAAGAAUAUGACGUCACUGACUUAUGAAAUUUUCUCUAAUUUUAAUGGCAACUAUAAGAUAUUGUUAACUGGUACACCGCUGCAAAAUAAUUUGUUAGAGUUAAUGUCACUGUUAAUAUUUCUUAUGCCAACAUUAUUCCGAGGAAAAGUGGAUAACAUUAAAUUUUUAUUUUCUAAAGGAACGAAAAAUACUGGUUCAAAAUAUGAAAUGCAUCGUAUUGAACAAGCAAAACGAAUCAUUGAACCAUUCAUGUUGAGACGUUUAAAAGCAGAUGUAUUAAAAUCGCUGCCUGUAAAAACAUUGGUUGUCAACAAUGUUGUCAUGACUGAACACCAGAAGACUCGUUAUAACACACUAGUAGAUGAGAUUAAAGAAGCUACCAGAGGCAAAGAAGUAUCAGACAACAGUCAUAUGAUGUGGUUAAUGAUGUUGAGAAAAUUGACUAAUCAUCCACUUUUAUUGAGAUAUCAUUUCGAGGAUGACAAAUUGUAUAAAAUGGCCAAGUUAUUAGCGAUAGAACCGACGUACAAACAAAAAAAUGAACAAUACAUUGCAGAGGAUUUAUCAUUUAUGUCUGACUUUGAUUUGCAUAAAUUGUGUACAGACUAUAGGUGUCUGAGCAAAUUAGGAUAUGACCUUCCAAUUCAAUUGUUUUUGGAUUCUGGCAAAUUCAAAGUUUUAAAUGAAAUUUUGCCUGAUCUCAAAGACAGAGGCCACCGUGUUCUCAUAUUCAGUCAGUUCCUACAAAUUUUAGAUUUAUUAGAAAUAUACAUGUCACAUUGUGGUCAUUCUUACUUAAGGCUAGAUGGUUCUACUCAAGUCCAAGAAAGACAGCUGAUGAUCGACUUGUAUAAUAUGGAUGAAAGCUUAUUUGCCUUUUUAUUGUCAACUAAAGCUGGUGGACUGGGAAUUAAUUUAACAGCUGCUGACACUGUCAUCAUACAUGAUAUUGACUACAAUCCUUACAAUGAUAAACAAGCAGAAGAUCGGUGCCACAGAGUUGGGCAGACUAAACCUGUCAAAGUGAUCAAAUUUAUCAGUAAAGAUUCCGUUGAAGAAUCCAUGUUUAAGGUAGCACAAGAUAAAUUAAAUCUUGAACAACAAGUAACAGGAGGUGGAAAUGAUGAUGAAGAGCCUGAUAAGAAAACGAUGGCUCAAUUAUUAAAAAUAUCUUUGGGAAUUGAAGAUGUAUCGUCAUGAUACAAUUUGUAUUACUGUUUGAUUUAUAACUUCUGUUUAUAUAGAAAGCUGGUUUAUGGACGCUUCAAGUGUACUGCCAACAUUAAAAAAAAACUUAUCAAAGUUUUUUUUCUUAUGAUUUCAAGAUUUAGGUUGAAUCUAUUUUAUUUAUUUUUUUAAACUUACCGUUUUUUAUAUAACGAUAUUCAUAAACAACUGUACAAUUUAAGUUAGAUAUUUUUUAAAAACAAUUUCCAUAAACAAAACAACAUUGUCAUUGGUAAAUCGGUAUUUUUAAUCAAUGUUAUUUUUACAAAUAUCGUUCAUAUUACAUUUUAAAUAUUAAAAUUAUAUGUAUAUACAUCAUGUUAUGAAUAAAUGGAUAAUAAGUAUCAA